AUGGCUCCUUUUAUUCUUCCAGCAUUUUUUCUCCAAAGCCGCCAUGGAGGCGAUGGCAGCGUUGGCUCUCCUGGAGCUAUUCAAGGUUCCGGUAGCAAAGGCGCAGACAUAUCGACCAAAGUCGCACUCCUCAUUGGAAUCCUCGCCUUGCUGGCAACAAUCUUCCAAACUUUGCAACAGUACAUUGGUACAGCAGACGGCUACAGACGUUGCGGCCCCGGCGUCAUGGGUCCUUGGGGUCGCAAGACACGAUUGCGAUGGCGAUGGAGAGAGUUUCGAUUCGAAGUUCUCUACUGCGUCCCCUUUGUCGAAUACAGCCUGGUCGUCAAGGGCGAAGACGGUUCUCGCACUAUCCGACCGUUCUGCGACCAGCCGGAACUCACCACUUUCAAUCCCAAUCCACCAGACAAGCAAAGAGAUUGGAAUGCUGAACUGGCGGGAUGGGUUCAUCUGAUGCACAAUUUGGGCCUACACGAUCAGUCCGUCAGACAACGUAUUGCUCCCGUCGCUCUUCGCGAUGCAGGUCGGAUGGCCUACUGCGAUUGGAUCCGAUGUGCACAUGUGGAAGAAGCAUAUCGUAGUUGGGAUUUUGUGCCCGACGACGUCCUGAGACCACUGGCUAUCACAACUCUUGCAGCUGAAGGCAACCAUCAGGUCAUCACGUCCACCGUAAUCCGAGGCAUGGGAGUCAUCAUUCACUACCUGAGAGAUCCCGACCUGGACGCGGACGCUCUCGGACAGAAAUAUCUUUUCAGCACCUCGCCCUUGAGCCAAGCUGAUGAAUUACUAUUCGGACGGAUUGCACAUUGCGACAUGUUCAACACUCAUCGAGCGCUGCCCCAUCUGAUACUGCACAUUGGCACCCUGGCUGACGUCUCGUCCACACUGCCUGCCCUCUUCGCCGACUCAUCAGCAGCCGACAGCAUGAUUGCUGCGCUUCGUGCUCGAAGUGAUUCAGGAGACAAAGAUUGGAUGGAGUGUGCCAACGACAUGGUCCCGUUCCUUACCCCUUUCUUGGGCAUCUCUUCUGAUACUCGGCCUAUCAUCCCCUGGCCAAAUACAUCAGCACGCGGCAUGACACACACAGUCUUCAAACCCUUUCGAGAUGAGCUCACUGCACUUACAGGACGAAGAGGAAGCAUGAUCUCAGACUCUCACAGACUACUUGUACUCUACCUGAGUUUGGAAGCUCGCUUUCAUCAUCCGGCAGCUCAGCGAGACAGGAACUUCAGUUGGGAGAUACCCAAGCUGACAUUCAAGAGCGAGUUGGUGACGACAGAGUCGUACGACGCAAGAGCAAUCUACGACGUCUUGAGCGAGUGCGAGUCGAUGCUACAGGCGAACCCGGUCAUCCGCGCUGGCAGAUACCAUGUCCUCGUCACACAGCAUUUGACAUACUCGACGCGCAUCGAAGCUUCGGCUACAGACGCCGACAAGAUGAAGCGUAUGUUUGCUGCUCUUCCGGAAAUGGCGCGUGCUUUGAGACUGGAAUGGGACGACGUUACAGGCGAGAUCUUGCAAGCUUUUUCUUCGACUGCGGGUGAGGAACUGGGUGGGAAGACAGAGUGGAUCAAGAGACCCAGCGAGGUGGAAGUCGAAGAUGCUUGGUUGGCUAUGAUGCUGCGGGCGAUGUGUUGGCAGAGGCUUCACAUAGUUCAGCCAGGGAUGCCUUUGCCGAUCGAGUAUGCGAGAAGUAUGCUGCCUGUGUUUGUAACCUAA